CCCAUAACUUACCGUUCAGGCAGACAGCGUUACUGUUCUAAUCAGAGGAUUGUUCGAGAAAGAAAAAAAAAAGGUUGGCAGUGAUGGUGGUGUUGUCGGACGUAAAGGACGAGGAUGAAUUCGACGAAGAACCCGGUGAGGUUAUCGAAUCGGCACCGCCACAAAAGGUUGGCGAAGAGAGGCAACUCAGUAACUCGGGUCUCAAGAAGAAGCUGAUCAAGCGCGGACUCGGAUGGGAAACCCCUGACUUCAACGACCAAGUAACUGUUCACUAUGUUGGGACUUUACUUGAUGGAACAAAGUUUGAUUCCACUAGGGAUACAAAUCAACCUAUGAUAUUUACUCUUGGUCAAGGUCAAGUGGUUGCUGGGUUGGAUCAUGGGGUUAUAACCAUGAAGAAGGGAGAGGUAGCAUUGUUCACAUUGCCUGAUGAUUCUAGAGGCAUUUUGCAGUUUGAGGUGGAACUCAUUUCGUGGAUCAAAGUGGUGGAUGUUUGCAAAGAUGGUGGAAUUCUCAAGAAAAUUAUGGAGAAAGGGAGCGGGAAUGAGCGGCCUGGUGAUUUAGAUGAAGUCCUUGUGAAGUAUCAGGUGGUGCUAGAUGAUGGCACUGUUGUAGCAGAAACACCGGAAGGAGGAGUUGAAUUUCAUGUGAAGGAUGGUUAUCUUUUUCCUAGAUUGCCGAAAGUUAUCAUGACCAUGACAAGGGGAGAGAAGGCUAAAUUAAUUGUUCAACCUCAGUAUGCCUUUGGGGAGAUGGGGAGAGAAGCUGGCAGUGGGCUGCAUUCAAUUCCUCCCAAUUCAGUGCUGCAUGUUAAUAUUGAAUUGGUGUCCUUCAAACCUGUCAUAAAUGUUACUGGUGACUCCAUGGUGCUUAAGAAGAUUUUGAAAGAAGGGGAGGGUGCUUCCACAGCCGAUGAGGGUGCAAAUGUUACUGUCAGGUACACAGCUAUGCUGGAAGAUGGCACUGUAUUUGAGAAAAGAGGAAUUGAUGAAACGCAACCCUUGAAAUUCAUAACUGAUGAGGAACAAGUGAUUACUGGUCUAGACCGAGCAGUGGAAACAAUGAAGAAGGGUGAGAGGGCCAUAAUUAACAUACACCCUGAUUAUGCAUUUGGAAAUGUUGAAGUGAGGCGAGAUUUUGCUAUUGUGCCACCAGGCUCAAAUGUAGUUUAUGACAUUGAGAUGAUGGAUUUUAUUAAGGAGAAAGCACCAUGGGAAUUGAAUAGUAAUGAGAAAAUUGAGGUUGCUGGGAGGAAGAAAGAAGAAGGAAAUUUAUUAUUUAAAGGGGGCAAGUAUCAGCGAGCAGGGAAGAAGUAUGAGAAGGCUGCUGAUUUUGUUGGUGAAGAUGGAUCCUUCGGGGAUAAUGAGCAAAAGCUAGCUAAGGGACUGAGAGUGUCAUGCUGGUUGAAUGGUGCAGCUUGUAGCCUUAAACUUAAUGACUUUCCUGGAGCAAUCAAGCUAUGUUCACAGGUGCUUGAUAUUGAGUUUUACAAUGUGAAAGCUUUGUACAGACGAGCGCAAGCAUAUAUAGAGACUGGAGACUAUCUUUUGGCAGAUGUAGACGUCAAGAAAGCUCUUGAGGUGGAUCCACAAAACAGGGAGGUAAAGGUAAUUAAGAAGAAAUUGAAGCAACUUCAAGCUGACAGUGACAAAAAAGAUGCUAAGCUGUAUGAAAAUAUAUUUGCACAUAAAAUAAAGGACUCGCCUGUGGCAACAAAGAGACUGAAGGUUGAGAAAGAAGAGGAUGAGAGGAAAAAUGAAGAGGCCGUGAGAAUGGAAAUGGACCAAAUUGCUGAUAGCGCAGCCCCUUCUGAUGGUGGUUUAACUGUUGAUUCUUGUUGAACCUGUAUAGUGUACUUUAUAUUAUAAAGCUUCUAUUAAAAAUGAGAAAGAUUAUAUUUACAAUUUAUUUUCGUUUAUAACCUCUUACAAUCAAAUCUUAAUCGUUGAUUUUCGUCAAUCAGAUGGUUAUAAUUUAUUGAGAAUUAAUAAUUAAUUAAUAAAUAUGAUCCUAUAAAUUAUAAUCGUAAGAUUGACGGAAAUCAACAGUUAAAAUUUAUUGUAAGAGGUUGUAAACGAAAAUAAAUUGUAAAUAUAACUUCUCUCAUUAAAAUAUAAUAUGAAGUAGUAAAUGGUAGAUGUAAAUUCAAAUUCGGAUGAAAGUUUACAUGCUCACAUAGCAAACAUUUAUGGGUAUCUUGACCAACUCGUAAUAUUGCUGUAUUUUGGAUGAACGAAUAUACACACUAAAUUCGCACUGCAUUACUUGUUUAAGUU